GACCCGUUGGCACCAGGCUAACAGCUCCACAACAUCGGCGGCUCUGGACGCCGCUGGCGGUCCGCCCUAGGCAGCCAGGCCCCACCAAGCCCGGCCCUCUCAGCCCCACCAGCAUGGAGGAUGUUCAACUUGGCGAGGACCUCGAGGAUAAAGACACAGAGUUCACCUGGGAGGUGAAGGCCAAUGACAGAGCCUACCACAAGCAGUUCAAGAAGAAGGGCUUCCUGUGCUGGAGGCGGAAGAAGUACAAGAGCAACGCCAUCCACACUGCCAAAUACAACUUCUUCUCCUUCCUGCCUCUGAACCUGUACGAGCAGUUCCAUCGAGUGUCCAAUCUCUAUUUCCUUUUCAUCAUCAUCCUGCAGAGCAUCCCCGAGAUCUCCACAUUGCCCUGGUUCACGCUGUUUGCACCUCUGGUCUGCCUGCUUAUGAUCCGGGCUGCCCGUGACCUGGUGGAUGACAUUGGUCGACACAGGAGCGACAAGAUCAUCAACAACAGGCCUUGCCAGAUCCUGAGGGGGAAGAGUUUCCUGCGGAAGAAAUGGAAGAAUCUCUGUGUGGGGGACGUGGUGUGUCUCAGCAAAGACAGCAUUGUCCCGGCUGACCUGCUCCUGCUGGCUAGCACAGAGCCCAGUAGUCUGUGCUACGUGGAGACCGCAGACAUCGACGGGGAGACCAACUUGAAGUUCAGGCAGGCCCUGACAGUCACACACCAUGAGCUUACCAGCCCAAAGAAGAUGGCUUCCUUCCAGGGUAUAGUGACUUGCGAGGAGCCCAACAGCCGGAUGCAUCACUUUGUGGGGAGCCUGGAGUGGAACAGCAGGAAGUACCCAUUGGACAUCGGGAACCUCCUCCUGCGUGGCUGCAAGAUCCGCAACACAGACGCCUGCUAUGGUCUGGUCAUCUAUGCUGGUUUAGACACAAAGAUUAUGAAGAAUUGUGGGAAGAUUCAUCUGAAGCGGACAAAGCUAGACCUGAUGAUGAACAGGCUGGUGAUCCUGAUCUUCAUGUCCCUGGUGAUCGCGUCCAUGUUGCUAACACUGGGCUUCAUCUUCAUGGUGAAAGAAUUCAAAGCCAAACAUUACUACAUGUCACCCAUACACGGGCGCUCGGUCGCAAUGGAGUCCUUCUUCAUCUUCUGGGGCUUCCUCAUCUUGCUCAGCGUCAUGGUGCCCAUGGCCAUGUUCAUCAUCGCGGAAUUCAUCUACCUCGGCAACAGCAUUUUCAUCAACUGGGACCUCAGCAUGUACUAUGAGCCAACAGACAUGCCAGCCAAGGCCCGCAGCACCAGCCUCAAUGACCACCUGGGCCAGGUGCAGUACAUCUUCUCAGACAAGACCGGGACGCUGACACAGAACAUCAUGACCUUCAAGAAGUGCUGUAUUAACGGCUGCAUCUAUGAUUCAGAUGAUGAACAUGGGACGCUCCGAAAGCGGAACCCAUACGCCUGGAACCCACAUGCUGACGGCAAACUCCAAUUCUACAAUAAGGAACUCGAGUCCCUGGUGCGUGGCCGGCAGGACCGACCAGUACAGGAGUUCUGGCGUCUGCUGGCCAUCUGCCACACUGUGAUGGUACAGGAGAAAGACAACCAGCUACUGUACCAGGCUGCCUCCCCUGAUGAGGAGGCUCUGGUCACCGCUGCCCGGAACUUUGGGUACGUGUUUCUGUCUCGGACCCAGGACACCAUCACCCUGGUGGAGCUGGGGGAGGAGCGGGUCUACCAGGUUCUGGCCAUGAUGGAUUUCAACAGCGUUCGCAAACGGAUGUCAGUGUUGGUGAGAAACCCCGAGGGCUCCAUCUGCCUCUACACCAAGGGUGCUGACACCGUCAUCUUGGAGCGUCUUCACAGGAAGGGUAUCAUGGAGGCCACCACGGAGGAAGUCUUGGCUGCCUUUGCAGAGCAGACCCUGCGCACCCUGUGCCUGGCCUACAAAGAUGUGGCCGAGGAUGCCUACAAAGAAUGGGAGCCAGAGCAUCAGGAAGCCUCCCUCCUGCUGCAGAACCGCGCACAGGCCCUGCACCAAGUGUACAAUAAGAUGGAACAGAACCUGCAGCUGCUGGGAGCCACGGCCAUUGAAGACAAACUACAAGAUGGCGUCCCUGAGACCAUCAAAUGCCUCAAGAAGGGGAACAUUAAAAUGUGGGUGCUGACCGGGGACAAGCCAGAGACAGCAGUGAACAUCGGCUUUGCAUGCAAGCUGCUGUCGGAGAACAUGCGAAUUCUGGAAGAUAAGGACAUCAAUCACUUACUGGAGAACUAUUGGGACGAAAACGGACACCAGAGGGCGUUCAAGAUGAUGGCCCACCACAACACGGCCUUGGUUAUCAACGGAGAAUUUUUGGAUCAGCUGCUCCUGUCCUUGCGCAAGGAGCCCCGAGCCCUGGUCCAGAAUGCAGUGGUGGAUGAGGCCCCCCAGGAGCCCGCAGUGUCCGUGUUAGACUUCCUCCAGCCACGGAGGAUCUCCCAGAUGUGGAGGAACCUGGGGCCUUUCCAGUCAGUCGCCUCCAAGAGCUGCGAGAGUCCGGAGGCGCGGCGGGAGAGGGCCUUUGUAGACCUGGCCUCCAAAUGCCAGGCUGUCAUCUGCUGCAGGGUGACACCCAAACAGAAGGCCCUUGUGGUUGCAUUGGUGAAGAAAUACCAGCAGGUGGUGACGCUGGCCAUCGGAGAUGGAGCCAAUGACGUGAACAUGAUCAAGACUGCGGACAUUGGCAUAGGGCUGGCUGGCCAGGAGGGCAUGCAAGCAGUUCAGAACAGCGACUACGUGCUGGCCCAGUUCUGCUACCUGCAGCGGCUGCUCCUUGUGCAUGGGCGCUGGUCGUACAUGCGAGUCUGCAAGUUCCUGCGUUACUUCUUCUACAAGACAGUGGCCAGCAUGAUGACUCAAAUAUGGUUCUCCAUGUUCAACGGCUUCUCUGCGCAGCCCCUGUAUGAAGGCUGGUUCCUGGCUCUCUUUAACCUGCUGUACUCCACGCUCCCAGUCCUGUAUAUUGGUCUGUUUGAGCAGGAUGUGACCGCAGAGAAGAGCCUAAAGAUGCCCGAGCUGUACAUGGCCGGCCAGAGAGACGAAUUGUUCAACUACAGCAUCUUCAUGCAGGCCAUCGCCCAUGGCACCGUCACAUCCCUCAUCAACUUCUUUGUAACGACUCUGGUCAGCUACGACAUGUCCAACACUGGCGUCUCCAAAGACUACCAGUCCUUUGGGGUAUUGGUGGCGAUAUCUGGCCUACUGUCGGUCACCCUGGAGGUUAUGCUUGUCGUAAAGUACUGGACGCUCCUGUUCGUGGGCUCCAUCGUGCUCAGCCUCAGCUCUUAUGUAAUCAUGACAAGCCUCACUCAGAGCCUAUGGAUGUACAAGACCUCGCCAAAGACCUUCCCGUUUCUGUUUGCUGACUACAAUACCCUGCGUGAGCCCUCCAGCCUGCUGUUGAUCGCACUCAACGUGGCCCUGAACACGCUGCCCCUGCUGGCUCUGCGCAUGAUCCAUAGAACUGUCUUGAAACAGCGCCCCAAGGAGGAAGAGGAGUUCCGGAGUGAAGAAGCAGUGGAGGAGCCGGCCAUGCGGCAUCUUCGCCGUGGGAUCCCUGCCCGCCGCUCCAGCUAUGCCUUCUCCCACCGUGAGGGCUACGCAAACCUCAUUACCCAGGGCACCAUCCUGCGCAGGCCAACGCACACGGAUGACGGUUAUGGGGACACAGCCUACGAGUCCCCGAACCCAUCUGAAGAAGAUGUACCCUCGCAAAACAAAGAUUCAGCUUUUAAUCCGCGGAAAAUCUCCAUCCUGGCCAAGAAGAGACGUCAGCACUUCGGAAAGGGGUCCCAGGAAGAGGUCCCCCCCAACAUUAGCUCCCAGACCGGGGAGAAACAGGCCGCUGUUUACACAGACAACCAGUCCUCUGUGCCUAAGAAGCUACCCACCACCACAAGCGCCACGUCGGGGCAGAUCCCGUUGUCCUCAUCUGAGGAUCAGGUCUUCUACAGUGCGCCUUCACAAUACACUCUGGCAAGCCAGCCAGAGCGUUUGGAUGUCCGGGCUUCAUCCUGGAAGGCACCUCUCUGGAGGGAUUCAGCCUCUUCUAGGCGGAGCCAGCUGGAAGUCCCCACAGAGCACCACAGCCACACCUCCAGUUAACCAGAAGCCUGUCCUGGGAGAUCCCGGGCAUCCAGAACAACGCAACAGUCACCUGGGAGUGGGCAGACCCUAGCGUGGAGCAAGCACCCUCCCCCAUGGAGUGCAUGUCAGUGCCUUUUCAAGUCAGACCUCCACGCAGCUCAAGUGUUUUAUGCCCUAAAGCAACAGACAUAGCCAGUCAGCAAACAGCACCCAGAGACAAGGGAGGGGCACAUCCUUGCCUUUUUCUAAUAAAUCAGGGUCCCCCUAGCCCCAGGGCUCUUUGGGCUC